UCGGCGCUGUCUCUUUGCUUCUUUCGUCCCAGCUGGCCUGCACACAAUACACGCAUUAACCGUGUGCAUGGAUUUUGGACCCCGUGGACGGCGUGCAACACGCAGGGAGCACGACACUCAUUAGCAUGUCCGCCAGACCGGAGUGAUGGGAGGCCAGCUCGCGUGAGCGCCAUGGGCUGCGGCGGGAGCAGGACGGACGCGCUGGAGCCCCGCUACCUGGAGAGCUGGACCAAAGAGACCGAGUCCACGUGGCUGACCGCCACAGACACCGACAUCCCGCUCUCGUCCAUCCACAGCAUCCCGUCCGACGGCUCCGAGGCCUGCUUCGCUUCGGAGAAAAACGCCGGUCCUGUGCCCGAUAUCUUCGAGGACGGCCUCCCGCCUCCCGCUCAAGCCUACCUCAAAGUGUGCUCGACGGCGUCCCAAGCCAGCCUCAGCCACGUCGAGCCGAGCGGCAGCGGCGUUCUGGACACGCAGGAGGGAGCCCCCGUUUCCUCGGCCACCACGGUGCAGCGCACCAGCGUCCUGCAUACCGAGGAGAUUACAAAGUGGCAGGACAACCGCAUGUCCACCAAGCAGGUGACCAUCACGGUGACGCAGAGCAUCCAUCAGGUGGACAAGAACGGCAAGGUGAAGACGUCGCUGACCACCUACGAGGUGCUGACGCCCUCCGAGGCUGUCGUCCAAACGCCCGCCGGCGGCGCCGCUGCCAACGCGCAAGGCGACACCAUUCCGUCGCAUCUUUUUUCACAGUAGCUCAUAACCAUACUAGCUUCCAAAUCCAGCAACAUGUAUUUAGGAUCAUAAAACACAAAAAUCAAAUGAAAAGCAUUCUUCUGCAGUUACUUCUACAUUUCUGGAAAAGGAUUUGACAACUCACUUUUCUCACAUUUGAGCUUUCUGUACUGCUUAGAAAAGGGCCCAAGCAUUGUGGAUGUAUUUUUGGGGUCACGUUCAGUGUUGCGCUCGUGGAAGGGCUUGAAUAACGUGGCACAAUCAAGUAUUUUUAGUACUUUUUAGGGAGCGAGGGUCUUGAGUUCACCCUCGAGGACGAGAGCUGAACACGCCUGAGCUAAACUCACAAAUGAUUUCUAAUGAGGGAAAUGAUGAAAUUUCUACUUUAGCUCCGGAAGCUGACAUUGAAGGUUGCACUUUUAGACUGGGGUGAAUGUUUUUCUAGGUGUUAUUUGUACUACUGUGUGUCUUGACUUCUGUCUUGAUUGGUGUUUUGUAAAAAAAACAAUAAAAGAUGCUCUCAGUGACACCAAUA